AUGCCAGGGAAAGACGAGAAACCCUGUAGGGUAUGUACCGAUUUCCGUACCUGGACUAAGCAAGAGAGGAAAAAAUAUUCUACGCAAUCUUCACAAGAAACGGCUAUAAAAUCUGAUUAUACAAUCGAUGAAGCAAACACUGCUGACACGACUAAACCGCAAAUAAGAGAAUGUCCACCUGAUAUCAAGCAGCUUGGAAGAGCGACAUGGACAUUUCUCCAUACGAUGGCAGCAUACUAUCCUGAUCAUCCCUCAAACCAAGAACAGCGCUUGAUGCGAUCGUUUCUAUCAUCAUUUUCAAGAUUCUAUCCUUGUGGACAUUGUGCCGAACAUUUGCAAGAAGAAAUCAAAAAGUGGCCACCGAGAGUGGAAAGCAGACAACAGUUGGGAAUGUGGAUGUGCGAAAUGCAUAAUAAGGUUAACAAGAUGCUGGGAAAGGAUAUUUUUGAUUGUAAUAAAAUCGAUGAGAGAUGGAGGGAUGGACCUAGCGACGGGAGUUGUGAUUGA